AUGGAAGACAUUGAUCAUUAUAAGCUGCUAUAUCGGCUUUUCUGCUCUCUUGAACAGUUCAAUUUGGCCAGGCAGAUCCUGGAUUCUCUCAAGGAUACUGUGGACUGUAUCCCGGAAGGUCACAGAGAUAGGGCAGAUAGGCUCUAUGAACUGGGAAUGCUCUACUUGGACUAUGCUACCAGGAGUAGAGGCCCACCUGACUUGGAUCAAGCCAUCAAGCACAUGAAGGAUGCUGUGGAGCUAACUGCUUCUGAUCAUCCAGAUUGGGGUCAAAGAGUCAAGGAAUUGAAAAUAUCAUGCUUUGUGCAAACUGGCAUGGCAGUUUUAGUGGGGGAUAUCAGAAAAGCCAGUGCCUAUGGUCAGAUGGCUGUUGAUUUGACCCCUGGGAACAAUACAGGAAGCAUUGGGUGGCUCAAAUUCAUUGGAGCUAUAUAUGAAGAAUGUUUUGAACAGUUCAAGGAGAAGGAGGAUUUGGAGAAGGCUAUUCGCUACAGACAGGAGGUUGUCAAUAUAACCCCUGUGAAUCAUCCAGAUAGGCCUGAUAUGCUCAAUAGUCUGGGCCAGGUGCUGCUCAUGUCUUUUGAAUACUUUGACAAGCAGCAAGACCUGGAAAGGGCUAUUAUCUGCCAUCAGGAGGCAGUGGAUAUGGUGCCAGAUGAUCACCCAACCAAAGCAUUAAGGGUAAAUGCUCUUGCCAGCUCCCUUGUGAGCCGCUAUACAGGCUUUGGUAGCAUGGCAGAUUUGGAUCUUGCUAUCCAGUACUACCUCAACAUUGUAACUAUCACUCGAGAUCAGUCAGACAAGGCAAACUACCUCCAUAAGCUAGCCAAUGCAUUGUGUGUCCGUUUCAAGAAUAUUGGGGAGCUCAGAGAUCUCGAGGAGGCUAUCAGAUGUCUCCAAGAGGCUCUACUGUUUGCAGUGGAUAAUGACCAGUGCAGAGCUGAGAUGCUUAGCAGUCUGGGAGGGGCAUUUCAGGCCCGUUGA